CACCUUCGCUCAAUCCCUAUACAAACUCCAACUUCCUCAUACUUGUCUUGAACAGUUCCAACAGUCCAACCGCGCAACUCAUUACUACUACAACCAAACCCAGCCUACCAAACCACCACCACCACCAACCCUUUACUUUCCGAUUCAAUUUCGCAAACCUCGAAGACCAGAACACAAGCAAAAAUGGCCACUACCACCCCCCCAAGCACCACGGCCCCUAAAAACAUCCGCCCCCUCAACCGCUACAUCACCACCCACUCCCCGACCACGGGCCAAGCGGUCUUCUCCACCGCCCUCCCCGAAAGCAUGCCCAUCCAGCAGAUCAACGACUCCGCGGGCGCCCAGUUCUCGCUCGCGUACACCACCGACACGUUCCCCGUGGACCUGACCGCCGACCGCGAUAUUCCCGCCUACAACCACUACCUCACCAACCCCCCCGGCAUCACGAUCAGCACGGGCACCGUCUGCCGGAUCGUGGACAUGCCGCCGCACGCGCUGAGCCCCAUGCACCGCACCGUCUCGCUGGAUUAUGGGGUCGUGCUGGAGGGCGAGGUGGAGUUGGUGCUGGACUCCGGGGAAACGAGGCUGUUGAAGCGCGGGGAUGUGGCCGUCCAGCGCGGCACGAACCAUGCGUGGCGGAAUGUGACCCCGGAUGCUGUGGGGGAGGAUGGCGUGAGGGUGGAAGGCUGGGCACGGAUGUUGUAUGUGCUUGCGCCGGCGAUGGGGGAGGGGUUGCAUGAGGAUGUGACGGGGAUUGAGGUUAGGGGGAGUACUUAAGUUGAUUUGCUUGGGGGUUGGGAUUGGGGGUUGAUGUUGUGGUCGAGGGAUAUAGAAGGAGGG